AAUAUACAUUGUUUUUACAAUGACUUAGUUCAAAAUGGAACUGACGACGCAAUCAAUGAUUUUUUUCGGAAGAAAGUCGAUAAAAAUUUCUUUGGUGAUUAUUUUCGGGGUAUGGAUCGUGACUCAAUUGCUUCAGAAAAUGCAAAUGACUAUAAGCUGUUUCCAGCAAUGAGAACACUGUGCCAAAAACAUGAAGUAAACGCACCAUCAACGGCUGGACUUACAAAUUCGCUCAAAUAUGGAAUGCAAGCCUUUUUUACAAAUUUCGAAAACAAUAUGUGGAUGCAUGCAUACAGUCGUAUGAAGCGAUUCCUGUUGCACAUAAAUUCCGAUCGAAAAAAGGUUCACAACACUCUGGAUUAUUUGUUCAAAGAAAAGUCUUCAUGCGAACCGGAUCAAGAUCUGUUGGAUGCAAUUGUUUCAAUUCUACGCCCAAUCGAUUGGAAAGACAACGGAAAAGCUUAUUUCUUUGGAAUGAAGUCAAAUUGGCAUAAAUUCGUGCCGCUGUUCAUUAGACUGCAAAGUUACAUCUGUGAACACAAUAAACAAUUUGAGCCAAAGAAACCAAAAGAGGUAAAACAAAAGUCGAAACAACAGCCGCAACCACGCAAAAAUAACAACCGAAAGCGUGUCAUCAAGCGUAAACGCAAAAUCAAGAAGCGAAAACGUGAUAAAAAUGCGCCAAAGAAAAUAACAAAUUUCACUGUCAUCCCCCAGCAAACGUUUAAGCGACAUCACAUUUGCAUUGACAAUGAAGAACUGCUUGCCAUGGUGAAGCAAAUUGAUCCAGAGAAAGUGCAAAAAACCGGGAAAAAGAAGGAUGAAAAUGGAAAACGGAUCAAAGUGUUCAAAGUGUAUGAAGAUUUAAAACCAAAGGAUUGGCGUGAUUUGUGGCAAACAUACUUUGAUUUUGGUUCUGAUUCGAAAAAACCAUUGGAGCGAAAAAAGCCACGAAGACCAGGUGCUGCUUCUAUUUCAUUUGCUAAUUUUAUUCGUACUGAUGGUGUUUCAGCAUCUUUAACAAUGGAUCGAACCAAAAUGAUUGUGCCCAAAAGUGAAGAGCAACGCAAAUUAGAGCUGCAAGAAGCAUUACGCAAUUGUGAACAAGAAUAUUCGUUCGAUGUUGGUCUGAAACUGUCGGUUGGCGGUAUUCGAUAUGAUCGUUCGGAUAAUUCGGAAACCAAUUAUCGACUCCCAUCGACAAAAUUCCAUUUCGAAACCGGUUGCUACAAACGCAAGAAAAAAUUGGAAAAUAUGACAAAAGUGAUUGAUGAAAAAAUGCGCCUCCAUCGAGAAUCACUGGCAGAACAACCAGGUCCACGAUCCAAAGAUUUCGUCGCGUAUGCUGACCACAUAUUGAUGCAUUUCAAUGAAAAGAUUGAAGCAUAUUGUCAAUACAAUUAUGCUUUGCAAUCGUUGCUAAAGUAUAUGGUGGUCAACCGAUAUUGCAGCAAACUCGCGAAAGAAAUGGUGAAUGGCAAAAAGACGUUUGUAUUCGUAGGCGAUUGUUUUCUACCAGGAAAUUCGAUAGCAAAAGGAUACCUGCGAACAAAUAUUCGUAUGCUCUUCGACAAAUUAAAACAAAUGCGCAACUGUACAGUGCACAUUGUAGAUGAAUUUCGAACAACGAAAUUAUGUUCACGGUGCUUUAAAGUGCUUGCUCCGGCUAUUCGCAUGGGAAUUGUUGAUAUGAAACAUCGAUUCUUUACAUGCAAGAAAUGUGAGCCAGCACAAAAUUUGCCGCCUGAAUAUCCAGCAUUUCCAGCAGUUCAAAUUUCAUCGCAGAAAUCCAAACGAUUAUUGACAGUGCAACGAAAUAUGCGACCAAAUGUCGGUGUACGCCAAGCAUCAAAACUACGCAGAUACGAAGUUAAUUUGCAAGUACGUGAUAUCACAUGGAAUCGAGAUGUAAAUGCAGGCCGUAAUAUCCGAUACAAAGGCUGGUGUGAUGUCAUGAACUGGGAUCUUCACGAAAAUUUUGAUCGCAACUGAAAACUAUGAAGCCAAACAAAUCAAAAAAUUCAACGGCUCAGAAUGAGUCUUUCCAAGGUCAAGCUCUUUGGAGCGGGAGCUUCGGCUCGUGAUCUGCAACUGCUACUUUGUAAGAAUCACAUUUUAUUAGUUUGAAAUAGUUUAUUCAUACAUCGGAU